AUGCAGCGCUUCAACACCGACCCCAAGUACUUUGUCUUCAUCCUGUCGACGCGCUCCGGCGGCGUGGGCAUCAACCUCACGGGGGCCGACACCGUGGUGUUCUACGACAGCGACUGGAACCCCGCCAUGGACGCGCAGGCGCAGGACCGCUGCCACCGCAUCGGCCAGACGCGCGAGGUGCACAUCUACCGCCUCAUCAGCACCAACACCAUAGAGGAGAACAUCCUGCGCAAGUCCGACCAGAAGCGCCAGCUGGACUGGCUGGCCAUCCAGUCCGGGGCGUUCAACACCGAGUUCCUCGCGAAGGCCAUGGCGGACGCGGCCGGCGGCAGCAGCAUGACGGGCGGCAUGUCCCUGGACGAGGUGCGCGCCGCAUUCCGCAACGCGGAGGACGAGGAGGACGGACGCGCGGCGGCAGCCGCGGAGAAGGAGGUGGCGGAGGAGAUGGAGGAGUUCACGAAGGACCCGCCGCCGCCGCCCGUGGGGGAGGAGGCGGAGGGGGACGACGACGAGGGCGACGGCGCGGCGCGCGCCGGGACGCCCUCCGCCUCGCGGCCCUCCACAACUCCCGGCCCGGGCGCGCGCGCGACGCCGCCGGCCGGUGCCGCGGCCGGCGCCACGGCUGCGGCGGCGGGCGACGGCGGCGACGAGGACGCGCGCGCGCUGAUGAGCGACAUGGCGGCGCAGCUGGGCGUGGCGGGCGGCGGUGGCGAGGGCGCGGGGGAGGGUGACGUGCUGAAGCGGCUGAAUGACAGCCUGCGGCCCGUUGAGCUCUAUGCUGUCAGGCACGUCGAGGCACAGCGCGGCGUGGACGUCGAGGCGGCGGCCAACGCGGCGGUGGAGGGCAUCAACCGGGAGGAGUGGCAGCUGGACGCCAUAGAGAAGCGCAAAGAGCAGCAGGCACGCGCGCGCGCUGGCGCACCAUCAAACGCGGCGGCUGCAGGGCGCAGCCUGGGGGCCAGG